AUGUUUCGUUUGUUUUUGGUCGUGAUUACUAUUUUGUUACAAACAAAUGAUGUAGCCAGUGCUGAUCAGCGACGUGAAUAUACUUUAACUGUUUCUUAUGCUUCAAAUUCGUCAUCAACUGUCCUGAUAAAUAAUCAAUUUCCAGGUCCACUUAUUGAAGCCGAACUCGACGAUAUUCUAGUAGUUCAUAUAAAGAAUAAUUUGUUAAGUAACGAAGAACUAACUAUUCAUUUUCAUGGUAUGCUCCAAAAACAAACACCACACAUGGACGGUGCAGCAUAUAUGACACAAAUGCCGAUUUCUAGUGGCAAGACAUUUACCUAUGUAUUUCGGGCCAAUCCAGCUGGCACUUAUUUCUAUCAUUCGCAUUCGGGAUUACAAGCUGUUACAGCAUUUGGCCCCUUAUUGGUGCAUGAUAAACAAAAGCCAUGGAAUUUACCCGAAAUACCAGGCGGUCCUUUACUUUUCUCCGAUCAAUGGCUAAUAUCUGAUCGUCUGACACAAGAAGCGGGCCUUAUCGGAUCUCCAUUCAAAUGGGAAGGUGAACCAACCGAUUUAUUAAUCAAUGGUCAACGCAAUUUUGUUAUGACACUCCGCCCAAAUACAAAAUAUCUAUUACGUCUGAUUGGUGCGACCAGUCUAUCCACUAUUGUCUUUGGAAUUUAUCAACAUCCAAUGACAGUUGUCGAAGUCGAUGGAACACUAAUUAAACCAAAACCAAAUGUUAAUUCACUUGAACUUGCAUCCGGUCAACGAUAUGCAGUCAUUAUUGAGACAAAAAAACAAUCUCAAGGUGUGUUUCUCAUGGAAACCGCCAUUCGAUGGCGAGCAUUACCAGCAAAUUCAAGUUGUAUAGGUGCACUUCGUUAUGGUUCAAUAUCUCAAAUUCCGUCUGAUCUUUCUAUUCUACCACGUCCAACAUUGGCAAAUGAAACGGAUUUAUUAAAAUUUAGUUUCAAUAAUCCCUACGAAACAAUGUUUUCUCUUGAUAAGAUGCCGACGAAAUCUUCUGAUCGAGAAUAUUUCCUUCUUGCUACACAAGAUCUUACUUCAGACGGUUUAGGCUAUCGAUGGAAGAUUAACAAUGCAGUACUGGACAUGUCACAAUUACAAAGUGUGGCUACACCGUUUCUAUUCGAUCUCUACAAUGGUAACCAACAGGAUCUAUUUAAAAAUGUCACGUAUGUCGUUGAACAAAAUGAAAUCGUAGACAUUGUAAUACAGAAUACCGUAGCAUUGAAUGGUGUAUGUGAAUCUCAUCCAUUUCAUAUGCAUGGACACAAGUUUUGGGUGCACUCAUACGGAUCAGGCAUGUAUCAGAAAUUGAAACCGACUGCCAGCAUAUCCUUUCCUGUUCUACGAGAUACGCAAACAGUAUAUGCUACUCAAUAUGCCUAUUUUACAUCGAAUCGAACAGCGAAUAACCACCGUCUACCAUGUGGAUGGACAAAAAUUCGAAUGAUUGUCGACAAUCCAGGUUUGUGGAUGUUUCACUGUCAUAUUGGUGCCCAUUCUUAUAUGGAUAUGUAUAUCUUACUGAAAGAAGAUAUUGCUCAUUUAACUAUGAAAUCUUUAGCACAGCACUAG